AUGAUGGAAAAUAAACGUUUGUUUUCGUGCACAGUAUUUUUUACCACAUUCGGAUUUUGUUCAAACUUUAUCUCAUUUGUAUCACCUUACUGGAUUCAGUCGGUUCCAGAAGGUAACAGCCAGUUCCAGAGAAUAGGUCUUUGGACUGUUUGUUUUGAUGGAUAUAUGCGACCGGCGUUGUAUGACAAGGCAUAUUUCGGAUGCUACUACAUUUAUUAUGUGAUCUAUGACCGCAUAAGAGAUUGGUUAAAUCCAAUAUGGUUAUAUACAAUACAAGUUACUUCAUCCUGUGGAGUUUUGGUACAUUUUUUGGUAAUGUUUAUCGUUCUGUGUCAAGUAACCGGUGCAAUUUCUAAAUCUGACCUCAAAAGUCUAAAAUUUAUCGCAUCAGGACAUUUCUUCACAAGUUUAACAUUAGCUGCUGCAUUAGUAGCUUUUGCUGUAGCUAGAUAUGAUAGUCGUUGGAUGCCUUAUCCUGAAUUGAAUAUAUUAUCAUGGGCUUAUGCUGUUGGAGUUUUAAGUUUUAUUUGUACAUUUAUUAGUUUUACAAUAAGUUUUAUUACUUAUAUUAAAUUAAAUGAUUUAAUUCAUCAACAGAAUACAAAUGAACAUUUACUUAAUAAUGAAGAGAAAAUGGGUAUUAGUUCACCACCAUUUUCAGUACCACAUCAUUCUACAUUUAAUGAACCAAAUGAUUAUACAGAACCACGUUAUAUACCUGAUUUACCACAAUCAGCAUUAAGUUAUAUUGAUAGUUCAAAUAAAAAUUGGAAUAUAAAAGAUUCUGAAAUUACAUAUAAUCUAGAUAAACAAAACAAGAAUGAUGAUGAUAAUGAUGAUGAUUUUGAUAAUCCAACUAAUUCACGUUUUAAUACUUUAUCUUAUCCAAAAAUAUAA